AUGCAGGUUGCCGCAACAGAGAAUGGACCACUGUUUGAGCACUUCAACGGGAGCGAUCCAGAUGUAUUCCCACUAUUCGGCGACUCGACAUCGAAUCAAGCAUUGCUAUAUUCUCCUCCCAUGGGAGAUGGCGUAAUAUUCAACGAUCCGACAUACCCCAACUACACCCUUCCCUCGCCCGAGACCCCCUUCUCAAAUGCAUCGCCUCCACCCAGGAACUUCAGCUACACCCUCCUGCUCUCCCCCACAACCGCCGGUUUGCCCUCGCGACCGCAAACAGCAUGUGCUCUCACCCGAGCCGUCAAUCCACGGACGAAUGGGACCCUUGCGAGCCAACAGCUAUGGUUACGCGACGGAUCUGACGGUUACCGUACUGAAUGGCUGAUAAACGGUCUCACGCCGAGUACGAACUACACGAUGUAUACCGUGUUGAACGGCGCGAAAGUUGCUGGACCUCAGUAUUUCGUGACAAAGUCCGGCACAUUCUCAUGUCCACUCGUACACUCCCUACCCUACUGCCCCUCCGUCUCCUACGCCGUUCCCCUAGCUUUCCCAGCACGCGCCGCAGGAGGCGUCUACACCUCCACAACCCUCCCCUCGUCAAUAACCGACCCGCUCAUGAGCUACCUCUCAAACUUCACGACCUCCCUCACAUCCUUCGCCUGUGGCCGCGACUAUUAUUCCCCGCUCAAGAGUUGUGCGGAUUGUCGACGCGCAUAUCAGAAGUGGCUGUGCAGCGUGUCCUUCCCAAGGUGUGGAGAGUACCCGAGUAUCAACACGACGGGCUUUGCACUGCCUACGACCGUCGCGCCUCAAGAUACCGCUGCUCAACAAACCUUCCGCGCUUCAAUCCCCACCGCUGCGCUCAGCGCCGUCCCAUCCGGUACAACCCCGCGCAACGCCAACCUCCCCGUCUUCAACCAAUCUUACUACUCCCUCCUACCAUGUCUGGAAACAUGCGCGGAAGCGGACAGGAGCUGCCCGUACUUCAUCGGGUUCAAGUGUCCCGUGAUACAAUUCAAUGCGAACGAGAGUUAUGGGAUCGGAUAUGUGGAUGGGUAUAGAGAUGGGCAUGGGAGCUAUGAGCCUGGGGCGGGCAAUCCGGGUGUUGCACAGGAUGUUUGGGGUAAUGUCUGGUGUAAUCAGAGCUAG